AGCAGAAGGAUCCCGCGCGGGGGCUGGCGAUGGAGCUUUGGCGGGCGUUGCUGGCGUUGCUCUUCCUGCUGGGCUGCUCCGGCUCUUCCCACCACUCUCUGCACUAUGAUUACGUGGUGGUAUCCGAGCCCAGUGAGGGGCUGCCCCAGUUCUUCACGAUGGGCUAUCUGGAUGGACAGCUCAUCACUUACUAUGACAGCCAGAAGAAGGAGAAAAUACCAAAGGUGUCCUGGAUGAAGGAGGUGGAAAAGGAGGAUCCCAAAUAUUGGAAGGAUGGAAGCGACAUCUUGAAGGCCACCGAGCAAGUGUUACAAGAAGACCUGAGGAAUGUCCAACACCGCUACAAGCAGUAUAGAGGGUUUCACAUAUGGCAGACCACUUAUGGCUGUGAGCUCAGAGGAAACAGAAGCAUAAGAGGUUAUUCGCAAUAUGGCUACGACGGGAGGAGCUUCCUCAUCUUCAAUAAAGACACCCUGAGCUGGGUGGCUCUCGACCCCCAGGCCCAGAUCACCAAGAUGAAUUGGGAUGCUAAUCUGCGGUGGUCCCAGAGAAAUAAAUUCUACCUGGAGGAGGAAUGCAUUGAGUGGUUGAAGAAGUACCUCUCCUAUAGGAGGAAAGAGAUGCUGCCGUGGACAGAGCCCCCAGUGAUGACAAUGACCAGAAGGACAGAGGUGGAGGAUGAUGGGAUGGAGACGCAUGUCUGCCGCCUGGAUGGCUUCUACCCCAGGGAGAUCGAUGCCUCCUGGACGAGGGACGGGGAGGUCUGGCUGCAGGACACCUUCCAUGGGUCUGUGGUCCCCAACGCGGAUGGGACCUACCACUACUGGCUCAGCAUCCGGAUCGACCCCAAAGAGAGGUGCCGCUAUCGGUGCCACGUGGAGCACGACGGCCUGCAGGAGCCUCUGGAUAUGGCCCUGAAAGAACCAAAAUCCAACCUGGGGAUCAUCAUCAACUGCAUUGUGGUUGCUCUUGUCCUGGGGUGUGUGAUUGCUGGGAUCCUGGUAUUCUUCAAGAAACAUCAGGAUGGCUACAAAGCAGCAACAAGUGAGUGGGUUUUUUUUCUCCCCCUCUAGAGAUGUUAGCUCCAACCCAGAGCAGGGAUCAGGGGCACCAUCAGUUGAGGAGGGUGUAUGUUGUUCCUGUGAAUCCAAAUGCCACGAGUGACUCAUGAAGCUGGCAGAAGAUCGAGAACUAAGCUGAGGAGAAUGGGCCAGGCUGGUCUUGUGAGAGGAGACCCCAAGAAGAAACAUCUAAUAUGAGAAACUCUUGAAACCAUGAGAAGACUUGGCUGAGUGGAAGAUCCCUCUGAUGGAGAAAUUGCUCUUGAUUUCUAAGUAGGCGGACAGGAAAGGCCUGGCCAUUAUAUGAUCAGGAAGCUUCAUAAAAGUACUGAUCAAAAAGAAGCAUUUUGAGAGAAAAAGAGCUUUGGUGGACGCCAGCUGGAUCUCCUCCUGGUCUCUCCCACCAAAAGGCUCUCUUUAAGUAUGAACUGAUUGGAAAAAAAAUAACUUUGGAUCCAUCUGUAUUGUCAAGGAAUUGCAUAGCACCUUUCCAGGUAAUGUCACUGACACAAACUUGUAUAUAUAUAUUUCCAAUUUACAGUAGCCUUUGUCAUCAUCCAGAAAGGAAAAAAACUCAAGAUAGUCAGGGUACAGAGGAAUAUCAUGAGGCAAAUUAAAACAGUAUACAGAAGACA